CCGCGGCGUCUUUGUACCGCGCGGAGCCGGCGGCUAGGCCGGGCGGCGUGUCUGUGUGGAGCCGCCGGAGCCGCACGGUGAUGGGGAUGGUGAGGUCCUUGGAGAGCCCGAUGGUCACGGCACAGGCCUGGGCGCCGGGCGCGUGUGCAGGCGCGGCGUCGGGGGCCAUGGCGUCGUUUUUCUGGGGUUUUUUGGUGUGUUUUGGUGUGUUUUGGUGUGUUUUGGUGUGGUGGUACUUUGGUGCUGGUUGGGGGUGUUUCGCGCUGGUGUCUGGUGUCUUGGUGUCUUGGUGCUGGUGUUUGGUGGUGGUGUUUUGGCUUUUGGUGUUUGGUGUCUUGGUGUUUGGUGUCUUGGUGUUUGGUGUCUUGGUGUUUGGUGUCUUGGUGUUUGGUGUCUUGGUGUUUGGUGUCUUGGUGUUUGGUGUUUUGGCUUUUGACGGGAUUGUGUUCGAUGGUGGUGAUGUUUUGUUAUCGUUGUUUGAGAAGAACGCGAGGUAUGGAGAAGCGCGGCUGAUGAUACGCGCGCCUACCAGGAAGGCGGAGUUUGCUUAUCGGUCUGGUGCUUCGGGCCGCUGGACGCGGGAUGUUGGGGUGUGAUCCGUGGGCGUGUUUGGUGUUUGUGGUGGGGGGUGGGUAUACCUGUGGAAACAGGCGGGUCUAUCCGGUCUGAUGUGGUAUCGAUGUGUUGAUGUUCUUGUUGGGUAUGCCGGGUAAGAUGGCUGGGUAUACUGGGUGGAUUAUGGGUGUACUGGGUAUAGUGCCUUGGUAUAUUCUGGGUAUAUUCUGGGUAUAGUGUCUUGGUGAAUUUUGGGUACAAUGUCUGAAUAUAAUGUUUGGAUAUAAUGCGUGAGUUCACGGGGAACUUGGUCUGGGUAUACUGGGCGGAUUAUGGGUGUACUGGGUAUAGUGCCUUGGUAUAUUCUGGGUAUAUUCUGGGUAUAGUGUCUUGGCAUAUUCGGGGUACAAUGUCUGAAU